GAAGUGAACGGUGCAGCGGCGAGACAUGGAGGAGGUGCAGCGGCGGCACCCGAGGCGGUCUCUGAAAAAAUUAAGCGAAGACAGUUUGACUAAGCAGCCAGAAGAAGUCUUUGAUGUGUUGGAGAAACUUGGUGAAGGGUCCUAUGGCAGUGUAUUCAAAGCCAUUCAUAAAGAAUCAGGCCAAGUGGUUGCAAUCAAGCAGGUCCCAGUGGAAUCGGACCUGCAGGAGAUUAUUAAAGAGAUUUCCAUCAUGCAGCAGUGUGACAGCCCUCAUGUGGUGAAGUAUUAUGGAAGUUAUUUUAAGAACACAGACCUAUGGAUAGUCAUGGAAUACUGUGGAGCCGGUUCAGUAUCAGAUCUUAUUCGAAUAAGGAAUAAAACGUUAACAGAGGACGAGAUCGCCACAAUCUUGCAGUCCACAUUGAAAGGACUAGAGUAUCUACACUUCAUGAGAAAAAUCCACAGGGAUAUCAAAGCUGGAAACAUCUUACUCAACAAUGAGGGCCACGCCAAACUGGCUGAUUUUGGAGUUGCUGGUCAGCUUACUGAUACAAUGGCCAAAAGGAACACGGUGAUUGGAACUCCAUUCUGGAUGGCACCUGAAGUGAUUCAAGAAAUUGGUUAUAACUGCGUGGCAGACAUCUGGUCUUUAGGGAUUUCAGCAAUAGAAAUGGCUGAAGGAAAACCGCCAUAUGCCGACAUUCAUCCAAUGCGGGCUAUUUUCAUGAUUCCCACAAACCCACCGCCAACAUUCCGGAAACCAGAACUCUGGACGGAUGAAUUUACAGAUUUUGUAAAGCAGUGUUUAGUUAAAAACCCAGAACAAAGGGCUGCUGCCACACAGCUGCUGCAGCAUCCCUUCAUUAAAAGUGCCAAACCUGUGUCAAUAUUGCGGGAUCUCAUCAAUGAUAUGAUGGAAAUUAAGCUCAAGCGUCAGGAGGAGCAACAGCGAGACUUGGAUCAGGACGAUGAGGAGAACUCGGAAGAGGAUGAUGUAGACUCAGGUACCAUGGUUCGAGCAAGUGCAGAGGACUCUGGGACCAUGAGAGCGGCCAGCACAAUGAGUGAAGGUGCGCGGACAAUGAUUGAGCAUGACAGCUCGACGCUGGACUCUCAGAUGGGGACCAUGGUAAUUAACAGUGGAGAGGACGAAGAGGAUGGAACAAUGAAAAGAAAUGAGGAGACCAUGCAGCAAAGCAAACCAUCCUUUCUGGAGUACUUUGAACAGAAAGAGAAAGAAAACCCAGCAAACAGUCAUGGUAAUCGCAACGCACUUCAGAACUCCUCUGAUAACUGGAAGGUACCGCAGGAUGGGGACUUUGAAUUCUUGAAGAGCUGGAGUGUCGAAGAGCUACAGAGAAGACUCAGCUCACUGGAUCCCACUAUGGAGCAGGAGAUUGAAGAGAUUCGCCAGCGCUACCAGGCCAAGAGACAACCAAUCCUGGAUGCCAUUGAUGCCAAGAAGCGACGGCAGCAGAACUUCUGAGAGAGUUUCCAUCACCAGGAUGAUGUGCUGAGCUCACCUUCAUAAGCACUCAAGACUCUGAGAGGAAAAUCUAUUUACAGAGCACAGAACAUGCAUUCUCUUUGUCAAACACAUUCGGUCCCCCCACUCUCCCCCCACACACACACACACACCUACCCUCCUUUACCACAUUUGUUUUCUCUCUGUCUGCCUGCCCCUCUGUCUCUCUGCCUGCCUGCUUCUCUCUCCGUCUCUCUGCCUGUCCCCUUCUCUUUGUGUGUCUCUCUCUUUCUCUCUCUGUGUUUCUGAUGCACAUGUGUAAUUUCACAUGUUUUCUCUGUUUCUCUGACUCUCUUACACAGGCACUCUUCACAUGCACACCCUUACUCUUCAAACAUGUUACCCACUCGCUCACUCAUCUCUCUCACACAGACACACUCAUUUUUCUCUCCCCACACAUUGCAGAGAAGCACUCUCACAUACGCACGCAUUCAUACCAUCCAACUCACCCCCCCCCCCAACCCUACAACACACGCGUGCAACCAGACUUUUAUCGCUCAAACAAGAACUCAAAGUUCUUAUGCUGUGGAUUGUUAUGGCAGCUUUCACCUUUAACUUCCAGGAGUAUAGGUCAAAUCUGCCGCCAGGAUAAACAAUGUUUUUAGUUUAUUUUUUAAAAAAAAACUAUUUUUCUAGAAUUACCUUCAUCCAGAAAUCAGCAUCUCUCUGGAAAACUUUCAGCUUUAUAUUUAAAACAGAAACAAAGGAGUCCUCCGACUACUGGCUUCAAAAUUAUCAAUAAAAUCGCUGUAUUUCAGAGCUUCGGCAUCAACUCUCCAUCCCUGACCUCUUUCAUCAUCAAAAGAAAACCUGGCUUUGCUCAAUAGAAAGGACUGAUAAAUCUAGGCCAUGGAAUAGAAUAGAGUUAGAAAUCUGUGAAGGAGAGGGAAGCCAAUUGAGCACAAAGUGUCUCCUUCAGUCUCUGUACUCGUUGUUUUCUUGGUCUGUCUGCAGUAGUCUCUAACAGCAUUGCAUAAAAUCAGCCAUUUCCAGAGGCGACCCAUAUUAACACUGGCUUAAUUUGGUUCUCCAACUUUUGACCGUCAUCUGUGAAGGUGGACAAGUCUUCCCCCAAGUAUCCAACGUUUGGAAAGAUGAAACUUGCAUUUAUGUAGCGCCUUUAACAGUCUCAGGAUCUCCCAAAGUUUUGCAGCCAAUGAAGUACUUCUAAGUGUAGUCACUGUUACAAUGUAAGGAACAUAACAACAAUUGAUGUACAGCAAGUAACAAUGAAAUAGUGUCCAGAUUGUCUCUAAUUAGCCAUGUUAGAUGUGCAAUGAAUAUUGACUAAGAUACCUCCCCUAUUCCUCUUCAAAAUACGCCAUGUAAACUUUUACAUUGAACAGUGAAUGUGGGGGUCAGGGGGGACUGUUUAAUGUCUCACCUGAAUGACGGCUGUGACAGUACAGCACUUCCUCAGCAAUAUGUCAGUCUAAAGUUUGUGUUCAUGUCAAGAGAGAGUCUGGAAACCACCAACAUCCAACUUAAAGAUGGGAGUUCUACUGAGUUACAACUAGCAUUAUUUUUCCCAGCAUCAGAGGACUGGCAUCAUCCAUUGCUGACUAUUAUAUGCAUCUUGAAAGAUGUCCACAUGUUGUCCCCUUUGCUAAUGGUGUUACCAAGCAGAAGUGUCACACUUCAUAAAGUAGCAUUACUGGCUACACCUGCUCUGAGCCAUCAGUAUUGAUCGCUUGUUGUCAAUAGUAACCCAUUCAAUAGUUUUAGAGUUCAUAGAUAUGUACAACAUGGAGAGAAACCCUUCAGUCCAACUCAUCUGCGCUAAUCAGAAAUCCCAAUCUGACCUAGUCCCCCUUAGCCCAUAUCCCCCACAAUGCUUCCUAUUCCCAUACCCAUCCAGAUUGCUUUAAUUGUACCAGUCUCCACCACCACCUUUGGCAGCUCAUUCCAUACAUGCACCACCCUCUGCAUGAGAAAAGUUGCCCCUAAAGUCCCUUUUUAAAUCUUUCCCCUCUCACUUUAAACUUAUGCCUUCUAGUUUUGGACUCCCCUACUCUGGGGUAAAAAACCAACCUUGCCUAUUCACUCUACCCGUGCCCCUCAUGAUUUUAUAUACCUCUAUAAGGUCACCCCUCAACCUCUUCCUAUAACACAAAUCUCCCAAUCCUAGCAACAUCCUUGUAAAUGUUUUCUGAGCCCUUCCAAGUUUAGCAAUGUCCUUACUGUUAGCAGGGAGACCAGAAUUGAACGCAGUAUUCCAUUGAGUAAGUACGUCAUUCCCAGUCAUUGGUUCUUCGAAUGUGUAAUAGCCCAAAAAUUCUUAUAAAUGCAGAGUGGUGAAUAUUCGCAGAUGAUGAUGAUGAUUGAGGACUACGGUUAAUGUUUGGUUGGAAUCCCCUAUUAAAAUGUGGAACUGGCCCAGGGGAAUACAGAGUUGCUCUGUCAUUGGAGAGAGGUGACUGGGCAUGAAUUUAACCUGAAAGUCGUCGUUCCUCUGCCAGAGAACUGCUCACCCUCAUGGUGACCUCUUGGUAUGCAAAGUGAACCCAUGUGCUAGCGUUUCUGCAUCACCAACUAGCUAUUCAGAAAUGCUUCUCUUCCUCCAUUGCUAAGUGCUUUGUCCAAAUGUGGUGGUGAUCAGAUUUUCAGCAUCUGAUUUCAUUUUUUUUUAAACCACAAUCAUUUACUUAAAUUGGCCAUUAAUCUAGCUAGUGGAAUAGAGCUUUUCCAGGCACACAGUUUGAUUGUAGAAGCACGCAGAUAACAUCUGUUUUACAAUUUUUUAAAUGUCUCCAAAUUAAACAUUAGUAUUUUUUAGGUCAAUGUGAUUUACUUGAUCACGUGGAUGUUUGUCAAGCACAAUUAAUGUUUCAAUCUGACCAAAUCUUUAUUAAUUAGGACUUAAUUGUCCCAGGGAAAGCUGCAGGAUUCCAAGUUUUCAUAACAUUUGCAAAGUAUAAUUGAGAUCGGUGUGUCUAGGUUGCUGCCAGUGUUGCUUGUGUGCAUGUUUGCUCCUGUUAUGCAGCUCUCUGUUUCAAAGUCACAACUUUAGAACCAAUGUAAAGGCUGCUUACCGCUAUCGAAUGACACCCUUUGGUUAGAAAACCUACCGCUCCUGAUUGUAGCCUCUGCUGUCCAAAGUGACUCAGUGGCUCUGUAUCACCUCUUCACCUGAUGUGAGCCAUAGAUCAGAAAGGCCCUGAACUUCAAACCCAAUCCACUACAUUUGCUGAUCUCAGCUGAGUGAUACGAGCCCAUUUAGUUAAUGGCCGGGCUACAUUGCUUGCGUUCUAGUUUGAAUCUCCUGUUUCCUGUCCAGUGACCACCAUUGCAGAAUGCACCAUACACAUCAAGUGAUAAUACUAUACUUUGGCCUCCAUGGCCCAAUAAUCUGGCUGCCCAUUAAUAAUGGAAUUAAUAAACAUUGUAUAAUGAGCAACAUCAAACUGCAGAAGCUUACAUGAGCAAUUAAAUGGAAAAUAAUUACAAAUAUGUUUCAAAAGAAUGCUAUCCUGGUUAAUUGGGAUUCAUGUGUCCAUGAUUGUUUUAUAGUGUAAUAGUUCCCACUGUGAAGAACUUAGGACAUUAUCCAAUUAAUUAUGUGCUGUCUUAGCGCUAUUUACAAAAUGUUCGAUAAAUGCUUAUUACUAAGCAAUGGUAUCUACAAAUAUCAUCAAAGAUCAGUGUUUAAUGGCACUGUUCAACAGGUUGGUUAGCUGGCCUUUUCUCUCUAACAAUCUAAUCCAAAUCUAUGCUUUGCUUGUAAUAUUCCACUGAUCUGUGCAUUAUGAAAUGAGAGUCUCUCAUCAUUAUAACAGCUAGGAUCAGCCACAACAUACUCUCCAUAAACCAAAGGCAUCUUUGGCUUCUCACGGUGCUAUACAAAUGCAGGUUGGUAUUGAAAGGCAUGUUGAGGCUUGUAGAUUUCAAUUCUUUCGAACGUCUCCAGUGUUCAGAUGUAUCAUGGUUCAUCUGUAUCUGCCCACUUUGGUUUCAUGACUCUGAAUACUAUUAUCAAACAAAAAUCUGCCAAUCUCAAUUUUGAGCAUUUUAACUGAUGCCUAAUCAAAUCUGCUUUUUAGGGGAAAGUUUCUGGUUUCCACAGCUCCUUGCAUGGAGAAGUGCUUCUUGACAUCACUGUUGAGUGACCUGACUCUUAUUUAAAGUUCUUGCCCCCUUUGGACUCUCCUCCCCUCACCACCUCACAGUUUAAACUCUCAUCAACCGCCACCCUGCCUCCCAAAUGAAAUCAUUUCUCUCUGACUUCCCUGUUGGAUCCUUUGGUCACCUUAACAUACCACAACUGGAUCAUUUUAAUUUAUCGCUGCCUUCCAACUUCAUUUAAAGGAUGUCAGAAGAAGAGUAAGUAUAACUAUUAGUCUAACAACCUGAAAUAAAGAACCUUGAAACUCCAUACUGAAGACAUUGUGUGUACAAAGCUGUUUAGCUGGACUUGAAAGUCAUAUUCCCAAGUCCAACUGUGGUGGCCAGUAAAGGUCAUAACAAUGCCACAGAGAGGCCCCCCUGCUGCUAACCAUAGUGGUAUAAGAUGAUGGCGUGAAGGAUUCAAAUCAUAACUCAUUCUAUUUAUUAAAUAUUGUUCCCUUAAAUUUUGGAAAUCCAUUUUCAAAGUAUGACUAAAGAUGCAUUGAGCAUUUCAAUUAUUCAAUUUUUUGAAACUCCGUCUCAAAUUUGAUUCCAGAAUCGAUCGGUGAUGUGAGAAAAUUGAAUUUGAUGCAUUUUUAAGUGAGUAGUUCCUCAUUAAGUCAGAUCUACACGAGAUGAUCUCUGCAAUAUAUCAAAAGAACAAGAAACAAUAUCUUUUUUCAAAGAUGUACUGGACUCUGAUAAAUCUCUCUGGAUUAAAUGAAUGCAAAUCUGAUUUCACACUUUUCAAAGCUUUUAGAUUCUGAGUCAGCGCAGUGUGGUUUUGGGUGAAUGGAGUUGGACGCAGACUUUCCUCCCAGACUCAUCAUAGAAAUGGCAUUUUCCUUUUUAAAUUUGUCACCUAGCUUGAUAUGUGGGUAACAGCAAGGUGCUGGAUUACUGGGUUUUUGUCGUUUAGUUAAUAGAGCCAUGGAGGCAAUAUGUCACACAUGUUUGGUCCUCUGUCCCAUUUUCUCUGUUUCAUCCAUGUAGCCCUGCAAGUUAUUUUCCUCCCCUAAACUUUUGCACGAAUAAAUUCUUUCUGGAAUUUCUAUAAUUAUUGCGCCCCCAAAAUGCUAACUCUUUGAUCUAAAUCCAGCUGUCUAUGUUGGAACUUUUCUUUGUUUACCUUGUCCAAACUAAGUAGUCUCCCCUCGAUCACUUUUGUUUGAAGGGGAGCAAUCUCCAACCUAACCUUGUUGCUAAAUCCGCUCAUCCCUGGAACCAUUUCUGCUAAAUCCCCUCCACACCCUCUCUAUAUUGAGGGUCACUAACACAGACAAGAGGUAGCCUGCUGGUAAGCUUUAUGUUGAACAUGGGUUUAAGACCUGAAGGUGGCUUGCUGUUGAUAAUUCCAAAUUAGCGAGUUUUGAGAAGAUUUGUAGCUCAGGUUGAGGUUCUGGAUGUAGGUUUGCUCGCUGGACUGGAAGGUUCAUUUUCAGACUUUUCUUCACCCUUCUAGAUAACCUCUUCGAUGAGACUCCGGACGAGGUUUUGUCCAGAGGCUUACUGAAGAUGUUACCCAGUAUGGUGACGGGACAUCUGAAUUUAAACUUUCCAGCUCAGCGCGCAAACCUACAUCGAGAAUUCCACGUUGCUCAAUGUGUUAAAAUUGUUAUAAUUUGAAUUAGAUAAUGCAAUCAGCACAACAGAAGUAGGAAUUUAGUGCUUUAAAGGUUUUUUCGAGAUAGUUUGAAUUAUGCAACUUAAACCAAGCAGAGGAAAGUUUAUGCCUACUAUUUCAAGCAAGGUUUUGUUGCUGUCUCCAGGGUAGGCAUAAGCUUGCAGGCUGAAAAGUUAUCCCCCUCUCAUCAUCUGUUUUGAACAUUCAUCUCUGUUUUCUUAAUGGUGGGUGGAUCUCUUUAAUUUGUCUGCUUUUUGCCUUUAAACUGCAUUCAGUGUCCAAUAGCCUCUGCUCCCUCCAUGUACCUUUUAUUCUGCUGAGCUUGUAUUUUUGAUCUCAUUCAUUUCCUUACUCCUAUAGGGUUAACAAAGCUGGAACUUCUUAAUUCUUUCCACGUCCUGCGUGCUUUUCUUAAAAAAAAACCUCAGCUGUAGUUCAAGUUGCCAGUAAGUGUUAGAAAGAACUCCUGCUUUGUCUAAGAUCUGGGUGCAUCUUGGUUGGAGUGGGAUUGAAUUGUCCGGUCCCAACAAGCACAAUACUGUAGAUGCUGGAAUUCUGAAUUGAGCAGAAAUGUUUAAACUACUCAGGUCAGGCAACAUUCCUGGGAAGAGCAAUGGAGUUAAUGCUUCAUAUUGAUGACCUUGCUGUCAGAAGGUUACAUCAUCAGUCCAGAUUUGAAACUAUAUUGCUGUCCUUUUGCCAUUACUGGGCUGGACCUCUGCAAACCCUCUACCUGACACUGCAAUGGGAGCAGUUCCAUAAAGCACCCCUUCACUGUGCCUCGAGGCAAGUUAGGGAUGGGGCAAGAAGUUGUCCAUCUCCAUUCUAGAAUGGCAAAGCAUAUAAUGGCAGCUAAUUUUAAGCAGGUCUUUGCUGGGCUGAGUUGGAGCUGUCAAGAAAUGAGCUUUUGUUGAGUCUGAGGAUUGCACCUUCCAAGGGGAAAGCACAUUACAUGUGUCAGCGUGUCCUAUCAACUUGCAUUUAUAUGAGCACCUUACCUUAGACAUCCUGAGGAGGGUCGCUUCAAUAAAUGUUGGCCAGCUGGCGUUGCCCACAUCCUACAAAUGAAUUUUAUUUUUUUUAAAUUAAAGCAUUACCAAACUGAAUUGACACUGGACCUUGUCAGGAGAUAUGAUGAGAGAUGGCCAAAGGCUUGAUUAACAGAAGUAGGUUGAGAGGAAUGUCUUAAAAGGAUUUCUGUGUGGGAAUUCCAGGGUUUCAUAACAGAAAACAUGAGCAGAUGAGCUGUGAAGCUUGCAUUCCCACAUUGUUGGUGCGUGGGUGGGGUGCUUAAAAUAACCAAGGGAAAGAUGCUUUGAAUAUACAGUCUGCCCGUGCCAAAAGGCACAAGUGUUUUGGUUUCAUUUUAAUCUAUUGAGUCCUUUAAAAAUGUCAGGAGUGACUCAUUUUUCUUGUGCAUUGUCUGCAACUUGAAGAUAUAAUGCUGUCUAUGUCUCAGUGUGUUGAUUUAGAAAUUUAAUUCCAAACUCUGCUGUUUUGAUGGAGUUAGGAUUGGGAAGAGAGGAAGAAAAACAGAAUUCAGCUCAAAUUUGGACUAUUUGAAAAUCCAUUUAUCCAAAUCAAUGAGAUGUCAUUCUGUUUUCAAUUAAAUCUGUGAUGCAAAUCCUGUGUUAUUGUAUCUUUUUUAUAAAAGCACUGAGGUGGAAAAUAAUAUUUUGAAUUUCCAAUUUAAAAAUACAAACUGGUAUUCUAAAAGAUAUAUUUUCACAGCAGGUUCUGAUGAGUUCUGGAACUGAGAUUAAAGCUGUCAGUUUUUUUUCCCUGUGCAUAUAUGUUACAAUGGUCAAUUUAGAUGUGUAUGUUUGUGGAAUGAAACAAAAUUUGUAAAUUUUGCUUUUUUAAAAAAUUCUGGAUUAAUGUUAUGGCCACUUGUUCUGUAAACUUUGUCUUGCUAUAUUUGAAUAAUGUCAGUUAAAUAAAAAAAAAGGAAAA